ACUGAAGCUGCCUGUAAUGGGAAACAGGUGGAAAUGUGAGGGUUAACCCCCCACCCCACUGCGCUGCAUAUUGGCAAGGCUUCCCCACUUCUCUGCAGCCAAAGAUCCAGACGCUGACAAAUUGCACCUCAAUCAGGUGCAACCUUGGUGUGUGCUGCUCGGUUCUGGGAACACUGGGAUCUGAAGCGAGCAAGCAGAAAUUGGUGGAAGUGGAGGGCGGUUCGGUCAUUUCGUGGACUCGGGGGAGAAGAUGCCAGCCAUCCUGGUGGCCUCAGCCAUGAAGUCAGGACUCCCGAAACCCAAACCGGUUCACAGUGCCCUCCCCAUCCCCCAAACCCCCAGCAGACCGUCGGCCUUAGCGCUGCCUUCGGCGCCACUCAAGAGCCGGCAGGUGUCCAUCAGACCGCCGAGGAGUUCUCCGGAGUCGGAGGCUGGAAACCCUCAGAUCUACACGGACUGGGCCAACCACUACCUUGCCAAGUCAGGACACAAGCGGCUCAUCAAGGACCUGCAGACGGACGUUACGGAUGGAGUGCUGCUGGCCGAGAUCAUACAGGUCGUCGCCAAUGAGAAGAUUGAUGAUAUCAAUGGGUGUCCCAAAAGCCGUUCUCAGAUGAUUGAGAACAUUGAUGCUUGUUUGAGUUUCCUGGCAGCUAAAGGAGUCAACAUCCAGGGUCUGUCUGCAGAAGAGAUUCGUAAUGGGAAUCUGAAGGCGAUCCUCGGCCUCUUCUUCAGCUUAUCCCGCUACAAACAGCAGCAGCAGCAGGCCCAGCGGCAGAUCCAGCCCAGCCUCCCGCCGGCGGCCCAAACCCAAACACACCCUUCCCUGAGCCAGCAGAGCAGCGCUCCGGCACAGCUCAGCCACUCUUCGCAUGGGACGCCCGCCCUCACAGCACAGAAAGCAGCACAGGCCGAGAUGCAGUCCAGACUUCCUGGCCCGACAACAAGGGUGUCCACUGCUGGCGGUGACGUCCCUCCCAGAAGCUCGGUCAGCGCUGCUGGAAACCGGCGCAGUCAGGGCUGCAGUGACAAGACCAAAGCAAGUUUACAUCCGAACAAAGAUUCCUUGGACGGCAUGACCUCACAGCUCUCUGUGAUGACUGAACAUGCUUCGUCGUCUGCAGUGACCAUCGGCUCCUCCACCAGCGUCCUAUCUGCUACCUCCCACCUGGUUCCUCCAUCUUCCUCCUCGGCCUCCCCGUCUACCGCCAUUCCCCAACCCAACAGCAGCAGCAAACCCUGGAGGAGCAAGUCAGCGAGCGCCAAGCACACCAACGCCCAGCCGCCAUCGUCCACUUGCAACCCGGCAUCUGUAAUGCAGUCCAACAAGCCAGAGAAGGACGCAUCAACCAAGGUUGAAGCUCCUCCCAAAGCUGCCACCCAGAAGUCGAUGCUUGAGAAACUUAAGCUGUUCAACAGCAAAUCAGGAUCUAAAGCGGCAAUGCCCCAACCGGACAGUGCCGCCCCAGUCCGGACACCUCUGGAGAGAUUGGAAACCGGCUCCAACACUGACCCUUUAGAGGAAGAAGACGGCAACCUGCGACCAGGGAUGAACGGGACGACAGCUUCAACAACCGCCAGCAGCCCCAAAAUUGCUCUGAAGGGCAUUGCCCAACGCACUUUCAGCAGAGCUUUGACUGCCAAGAAGGGUUCAGUGAAAGGCCUGGACAAGGAGAAAGGGAAGGAGAAGGAGAAAGGGAAGGAGCUGGGCAAACGCGGCUCUGACAGAACGGAGCUAAGGGGGGAGGAGCUUAAGGAGGAAGUAACGCCAAUUCCUCCGGAUGUGGAGGCGUCCAACAAAAAGACGUCCAAAAUUGCUAGUUUCAUUCCCAAGGGUGGAAAAGUAGCCAAAAAGGAGAGUUCCACCCCAGCACAAAGCGGAAUACCAAAGCCAGGAGGCAAAGCCCCGGGAGCUGGGGGCAAAGCUUCUUCAGCAAAGGAAGCGGCGGAGAGGCCUCGGAGCAUGCCUGGCGGAGGCGGGCUCGCAUGCACCGCGGGACUCUGGACCCAGGGACAGCAGGCACACUCCAGCUCUACCUCCAGCUUGGCCUCCACUGAAGGGAAGCCCGGCGCCGCCCCGGUGGCGGGUUUAGGCACUACGCAGAGCACGGCCAGCAACACUGUCAGCGUGCAGCUACCUCAGACGCAGCAACUGCACAGCCACCCCAACACGGCUACUGUCGCACCUUUCAUGUACAGAACACAAACAGAUGGCGAGGGAACGGUGAACUCGGAGAGCGGCUCAGUGGAAAGAGGCGGAGACGUUUCCUGCACAAAGACCAGCCAGACCUCCAUCGAAGACCUUUCAGGUGAAGACCCAGAGACCAGACGGCUGCGGACCGUCAAAAACAUUGCAGACCUACGGCAAAAUUUAGAAGAGACCAUGUCUAGUCUGCGGGGAACUCAGGUCACUCACAGUACUCUGGAAACCACCUUUGACGGCAGCGUUACGACAGACAUCAGCAGUGCCGGCGGCGGCGGAUUGUCCGGCAACAGCAGUAGCGGCGGCGGGAGCGGUCGAAGCAUCCUCAGCCUUACCUCCGCCCGCUCGUCGCUGUCACCGUGGCGACUGGGGCAGUCCAGCCCUCGUCUGCAGGCGGGCGACGCCCCUUCUGUUGGGAACGGCUACGGCGGGCGAGGCGGGCGCUACCUGUACCCUGGGCACCUGCGGAGGCAGCUGGCCGGCAGGGGCGGCGCUCUGUGCAGCGUGGAGCUGGGGGACAGAGCUGGAGACGAAAUGGAGCUGGACGGCCCCGCCGUGGAGGUCACCGGCUACAUGAGCGACGGAGAUGUGCUGAGCAAGAACGUCAUGCGCACUGACGAUGUCACCAGUGGCUAUAUGACUGAUGGCGGUUUGGGUCUCUACACUCGCCGCCUGAACCGACUGCCUGACAGCAUGGCUGCAGUUCGAGAGACGCUCCAUCGGAACGCGUCGUCAGGACAGGGAGACGCCGACAGCUGGGAUGAUAGCAGUUCGGUAAGCAGCGGCAUCAGCGACAAAUCGACACUGAUGACAUCAACACCAGUUUCCUCCAUCUCCUCCUACACCAACACACCUGCAGCUCAGCGCAAAGGCCUCAACACACAGCCUGUGACGGAUGCGGAGAAGCACUCUGCCUCUACAACAGCUCACCAGGCUUGGACCAGAGACGAGGCGAAGCGGCCUGACGGCGGGCUGGACGGCGGCGUCAGGAUGGACGCCAAGUGGAGCCGCAGGAACUGCGACGUGUCCGACGAGUCCGACAAGGGCUCGGGGAGGAAGACGGCCUCUGUGUCCAACACGGGCUCCUGGAGGAGAGGCAUGAGCGCGCAGGUGGGGGUGACGUCGCCCCGCACUAAAAGCACCAGCAGCACCGGCUCCACGGUUUCAGUCGGCCUGAAAAGCCACGGCUCGGGUAAAACCGACGACGUAAAAGUGUCGGAGAAAGGUCGCCUCUCUCCGCGCUCAAACGGCCUCCAGCGCUCGCCGUCUGACGCCGGGCGCAGCAGCGGCGACGAGGCCAAGAAGCAGCCGGUCCCCGCCGGCCGCGCCGCCGCCCCGCUGACGCACACCGUCUCCGACCCGCAGUCUCACACGCUCAUGCUGUCGACCCGCACCCCGACCAGCACCUUCGGCUUCAAGAAGCAAGGUCACGGCAUGGUCACCAUGGUUACCGCGAGCGGCGCCACCAUCACCAGCGGCUCGGCCACGUUGGGGAAGAUGCCCAAAUCCGGAGGGCGCUCUCUGUCGGGCGGCUUAAAAUCGGGCGGGCAGGACGCGGGGUCUGCGUUGGGUCACCAUGAUGACGGCUUCCUCCCGAUGAGCGCUCGCUCCACUCUGCAGUACCGCAGCCUGCCCAGGCCCAGCCGCUCGGGCGCCGCGGCCCGUAACGGCAACCGCUCGUCCACCAGCAGCAUCGAGGCGGCCGUGCUCUCCGUCACGUCUCACGGGAAAAACUCGUUUGGCGUCGCCAAGCCCAACGGGUCAGCGGCGCUCCUGGCCAAUCAGACGGAUCGCGAGAAGGGCGUCUCCGAGAUCGACAACCUGCGGAGCGGGAUGCAGGGCGGCCCGGCGGCGGGAAGACAGCAGGUUUCAUCACCAACGCUGCGCAGGUUGUUUGGUGGUAAAGCCAGCAAACAAGCUCCAGUCACCACAGCUGAAAACCUGAAGAACUCCACGGUGAUCUCCAACCCCCACGCCACCAUGAACCACGUUCCUACGGUGCUGGAGUCGCCUGAUGGCGUGCUGGGAGGCGGGGACAGCGAGACCAGCAGCCCCCUGUUUGGAGGCCGAGCCCUGGGGUCAGGAACUGGGACUCUGGGCAGCGAGCAGACCUCCAGCCCAGGAUCUAUGUAUUCCUCCACCGGUCCCUCCAACAGCCUGACUUGGGGAACCACCUUCAGCAGCUCGUCUGUGCCGAGUAGAGAGGGCACCCUGGGUGGGCACGGCGGGGCGGGCAGCGUGGGAUUCCCCUCAGUCAGCAGCAUGCACACCAGCAGCGAGUCCAUCGACAUGAGCCUGAGCAGCGCCGGCGGACUCGGCACACACCAGGAGGACACCAUCUCUGCUCUGGGUCGCGCCGGGAGCGUCAAGACCGGCAUGUCAGAGAGUCCCCUCUCCUCGCCCUCCGCUAGCCCCAUAUUCAGCCGAAACACGCUACCUCGGAGGCAGGACAGCGGGCCACAUUGUGGUAGAAACACUCUGCCUAAGAAGGGAUUCAGGUACCUCAUUUGUUUUCCUGUAUGGUCCUCUCAGCAGCUGCGAGGUCAUGAGGACCGUGAUUGGCUGCGCUCCCACUCCACCAGUGGGCUGCAGGACUCCGCCAGUAACUCACCGUUCUCCCCCGGCUCCAGCCUCACCUCUCCCUCUGGAACUCGCUUCAACUUUGGACAGCUGGCAUCCAGCCCAACCUCUGCAGGUCAGAUCAACCUCGCUGGUAUGCGCAACAACAGCCUGACCAAUCAGGACACUCCUUUUGACCCGUGCAGCGACAGCCGACUGAGAAACUCGUGCAUGUCGCUGGACGAGAAGACCCGCACCAUGAGCCGGUCGGGAUCUUUCAGAGACGGCUUCGAAGAAGUUCAUGGCUCAUCUCUGUCUUUGGUGUCCAGCACUUCUUCCAUUUACUCCACGAACGAGGAGAAGUCUCAGUCAGAGAUCCGAAAACUUCGCCGGGAGCUGGAUGCCUCCCAGGAAAAGGUUUCUGCCCUCACCACGCAGCUGAGCGCCAAUGUAAGUGAACAGGGACAUCAACACACGCACUGGAAGACUUGCAUCACACACCUGUACGUGACGGGCCUGGAUUUUAAAA